GAUCCCCUACUCCUCAGCCAAAUCCCUUACUCCUGAAACCAUGUCUUACUACGGCAACUACUAUGGUGGCCUAGGCUGUGGCUAUGGUGGCUGCGGCUAUGGUGGCCUAGGCUGUGGCUACAGUGGCCUGGGCUGUGGCUACGGCAGCUGGGGCUAUGGUGGCUAUGGAUGUGGCCACAAUGGUGUGGGCUAUGUCUGUGGAGGCUAUGGAUAUGGAAGCAACCGACCAUCUUGCUGCAGAAGUUGCCAGUCAUACAGGUUCUACUGAGAAGCUUCCAGAGAAACUCAACUUGUUAUUCUCCUCCAGCGGCCUGAAUCUGCCUCCAUGAUUCUGCCCAUGAAUAAUCCCAUUUUCUAUUCCAAAAUGUCAACAUCAUCCUAAAAUAUCUGAAAAGAUAAAAUAAAAUAGAUUCCGCAAACCUUA